AUGGCUAUAUUAAUAAUGCUCACCGUUCUUGUAGUAAUUUUUCCGCCAUCUAAAAGCCUAGAACCAUUACCAAGGCCAACUAGAUCACAAGACUUGGGACUGCUUAAAGAUAAAUAUGAAGUGCAAUCUGGUAUCAGACAGUCCUUACUGGAGGAACUGAAUAAAUUUCCGGGAGAAAAUUCUGAGAAACUGGUAAUGCUUAGGCCAAACAACAUAUACCAAGAUUAUUCACAAAUAACUGAUGAAAAGCAUCAGAGAGAACUAAUACUUGGAGAUCAGUAUCACGUAUCAGAGAUUCAGCCAAAUAAUCAAACAACUUUGAUAAUCUCUAAAACGAGCAAUCGAACAGAGAUGAAUGCAAAAAUCUCACAAAAAAGUGCAGAAAUUUUGGAUGAGUGGAAGCAAAUACGCGAAAGACGAUUACGUUUCUAUAAGGCAUUCCGGAAGAUUCAGAAUUUACGUCAUGGAAGACAAAAGUAUAAUGAGGACAACAGCACUAUGAAUAUAAACAGAAUUGUUGGUGAUAUCCACAAGACAUCAAUGUUAAACGAUCGACGAAAGAAAAACAAAGGAAGUUUGAUCGAUCCAGUUCGUUGUAUUACUACUGAUGUCACAUUUAACGACUGGGAAACGUUUAUCACUGACUACGGCAAAGUGAUGCCACAAUACAAUCGAAGACGUGCAAUAUCAAGCGAAAUCACCGACAUAAACAGCAUGAGUAAUCAGUUUUUGAGGGCAAAUGAAUCAACCAUCAGUAGCCCAUUUGAAUAUGAUACCCGAGUCAGGAAAAUGCAGUCAUCGGGAGUUGCACAGAAUCCACCCGACUAUCAACAGCUUGUAACAAAUUUGAAUUCCGCGCACCAAAUGGUACCUAGCGAAGCCGAAGCAGCUGAACGUCUUCCGCCACCUCCGAAUCCAAAAAGUACAGAAGCAUCGGUACACACCGUGAAAGUGUAUCCUCCAUCACAGCAGCCUUCUUUAGAUUAUCAGGAGAAAAAUAUAUAUCAAAAUAACGUUCCGGGCAAAGGAAAUUAUCAGAAGUACGGUGAUAGAUAUGGAGGAAUUGCAGGCUUUGAACAACAACCGAUGUUACAGCUAAUGUCCAAUGAUUACAACGUCGAUGCAGCGACAUACAGGCCCGAAGUCAACUCUGAUUGCAUUGAUGAUCCUUGUGAAAUUGAUAAUCCAAACCCACUUGGAUCCAUUGAAGAUGAACGAUGCAACAGUCCUCGUUUGAAACAAAUCAUUUUACAGAACAUCGUUCAACGUGACGCAGAAACAUCGAAGCAGGCUAUCUACAACGUUUGUGAAGCAGAAAUGGAAGUACCAUGUAACGUCAUCUGUGGCACCGGUUUCUAUAGCUACCUUGCUCGAGCUACUCAAUUCUGCCUUGUCUCUACGAUGGAUGUUAGCUGUUAUGCAUUCUUACCUGCUUGUGAUUUCAACUCAAUCCAAAAACGAUGGAUCAAAAGGCAUCGUGCGAAGAUCUGAAAUU